AUGGUAUUAGGGGAUUUAAAUGCCAAGAUAGGAAGGGAGGAAGAAUAUAUCAAAGUAACCGGGGGUAAUAGUAAACACCACGAGUCAAAUGAAAACGGAAAAAUCGCAAUACAGUUUGCUUUGGAAAACAAAUUGAAAGUAAUGAGCACGAAUUUCAAACACAGAGAAAUACAUCAAACAACGUGGAUUUCGCCGGACGCGAAGACCAAAAACCAGAUAGAUCGCGUACUAAUGGAAAGUAAACACCAAAGGUACAUACAACAUGUAAGAAGUUACAGAGGCGCCGAUAUCGACUCAGACCACAUCCUAAUAAUUGCUACACUAAGACAAGGCCCACCAAAGAACUGGAAAGCAGCAAAGACCACAUUAGUCAAAUAUAACGUGGAAAAACUUCUAAACCAAGAGGUGCAAACGGAAGCAGCGAAGCAGCUAGAUUAUACAUUAAAGAAGCUACAGAAACCAGACAAUAUUGAGGAGGAGUGGAGUCAAAUGGAAAACACAUUGAAGGAUACCAUGGAAAAAUUGGUGGGAAGAAAAACCAAGGAAAACAGAAGGAUUGGUUCGAUGAACAAUGCAGGAAGAUACUGCAAGUACGGAACGAGGCUAGAAUGA